UCCGGCGAACGCUCGACUUCUCCUAGCAAUGACCUGCGAUCUUCUCAAGACGAGCUCUCUGUCAGAGACGUUGAUCAUACGCCAAGUGCUGCGGCGGAACCGGAUGCGAAAAUUAUACCAAGUAGGAAAAUUGAUUGGACUACAUCAUAGGCACAAAUUGUACACAGAUAAGUCCGCGGAAGAAAUCUUGAGCAGCCUGGAAAACGGCGUCGAGGUGGCCAUCUCCAGAGUGAAAUCCUGGCUCGUUUACAUUAGCGAUAUUCUGAACUUUAUCCAGCGGCGAAUCGGCCUGGAAAAUGAACAUUCAAAGGCGAUGCAGAAGCUGUCCGCCAGUGCUCAUCUGACGCUUUCCGACGAGCGCUACCAGCCUCUCGAGGAGGUGUUCCAGAAGAUGUUCAGGCAAGAGGGCGAAUUCCACGAGCAGUGCAUAGAGACGAUGCGUAGUCUGUACGACUACAAAUUCGUAAAGCCUCUCGAGGGCAUGAAAUACAGCACGGAACGAAAGCUGAAAGAGAUCAAACAAACCUGGGAAAAAGCAGUGAAAGCUGUGGAUUCAGCGGAAACAGAGCUCAAGAAGGCACGCCACAAUUUGGUGAUGCGCGAAAAUAGCUACCGCAGGGCACGGGACAGCACCAUCAAGUUGGAAGAAGAACGGUCCUCGGACAGCAUUCGAUACAUUAAGAAGAAGAAAACCAAGGAAGAUGCCAUGUUGAAGAAAGAAAUCGCUUCCCAGGACUAUCACUACUUCCAGAAGGAGCUGAAGUUGAAGCGCGACGAGAUCGAGGUCGUGAAGGCACAAGUGCUGCACGAGCUGUGUGACCUGGCUUACGAAUGCGACGAGAUGACCAAGAUGUGUUCUGUCGCCUAUUUCCAGGCUCUUUCAGGCAUCUGGGACUCAUUGCCGGGAAUCUACCAGUCGUUGAGCGCCACUGUUCGAGAUUACGUCCCCGGUGUUCAGUACUCACAGUACCUGUCACAGGUACUGAACCUUCAAGGCACUGCAAGCUCAAAGUACUACAGAAACAGUGCUUCCAGUGAACCGGUAGUGCCGGCCAUUCAAAUCAAUGGCAACACGGUGAUGCCCUCGAAGUCGAAGCCACCCUUCAUCGACACAAACCCGUCGUCUUCCGGCAGCGUUACCGUCGACGCUCUGCGCGACAUCCUUGAAGUUGCCAAGUCUGUCAGCACCUCGCAAACGCAACCUCGGCGUUCUUCAGACAAAACGAAAUUAGGUCGGAGAUCUUCGCUGAUGUCUGAUGCCGCUUUGUCUCAUCGUCUCCAACGAACUCGUGCGCCAACCAAGUGCUGCCACUGUGAUUCGUAUACGUUUUUCCAGACUGUACAGUGUACAGAGUGCGGCUUAGCAUGGCACAAGGCUUGCCUCGGCAGCGUCAACUUCAAGUGCGACAGCCUCAGACAUGAAACCAACGAAAACCGCAAGAUGAUCAUUUUCGGUAUGCCGCUGAAGAAACACCUGGACGACACGGGCACAGUGACUCCUGACGUGAUCCUUCGCUGUGGGCGGCAUCCGUUCGAAGGCAAUGCUGCCAGCGGCGCGUUUGUCUUGUUAAACUCUAACGUUCCGUUUCAGGGUCUCUACCGCGUCUCCGGCGUUAAGUCAACGAUAGAGGAGCUGUGUGACAAGUUUGAACGAGGCCAAGCGGAUCUGACGGACGUUCCCCCGGCGACCAUCGCGUCUGUCAUCAAACUGUACCUGCGCCAGUUGCCAGAGCCGUUGCUUACCUACGAGCUGUAUCAUGAUUUCAUAAGUUUUGCUCAGCGUUACGCAGAAUCGAAGAAAAAUGGCGAGUUUCUGUCUGCAUGGAAGAUCGUUUCGACGAUGAAACGCCUUUGCCAAAUGUUGCCCGUUGUGAACUACGAAACGCUCAAAUUUUUGUGUCUACACCUGAACAGGGUUACGUGGUUUGAGGAAGAAAAUCGAAUGUCUUCAACGAAUCUUGGCAUCAUUUUUGGACCUAGCUUGCUGUGGCUUGGUUCCAGAGAUUCAAGCUGGUCUCUUCAAGGUCUUCUCGAUGCCCCGUUCCAGACUCAUGUGGCGGAAUUGUUAAUAAAAUUUGCAUACAAAAUCUUUGAUGGCCAUUAUGAAGAAGAUAUGAAUCGUCUUGGCGUUAUAAAUGCCAAAGCCAUUGAUGAAGAAGAUGACGACUUCCUGUCAGAGCCUCUUGUGCAUGUUGAAUGUCCAGCACAUGAAAUCUCCGCAAAUGCCGAACAAGACCGAGUUCCUCAAUCGGCAACUCCAGAUUUGCUUCGAGAUAGCAAAUUACCAAAGAAACCUAGCGGGGAAACCUCAGAUUCAAUUUGUGUAGCAUCGUCGAGCAGUUCCGAAAACCAGGCCUUCAAAGGACCGCUGUCGAACCCCGACGCUGUGCCACUACGAUCAGAAGCCAGUGGCGACGGUAAGGCAACGUUUUUUACGUGGGAAACGCUGAACAGCUUCGAUAAUGAUGAACUUUCGCCGGCUCCGGUGCCCGUGCCUCACGUCAUGAACGACCUUGACAUCAGGUCGAUGUGGCAGAAGGCGGACGCAGUAUGCUUCGACGUUGAUUCGACGGUUUAUCCGCGCGAGUCGUUGGACGAGUUUGCGGAAUUCUUAGGCGUCAGCGAAGAAGUGAGGGAAAUGUAAGU